AGGCGUGCAGGGCAGCUAGCUAGCACUCAUGCUACAAGUGUAGAACAACAUACUGCCAUUACAAACCACCACCCACCACCAUUCCCCCACACCAACGCGAGGUCGGAGCAAGCUCGAGGAGCCAUGGCAGGCGCUUCGGCCACCGGCGCCCGCAAGGGCGGCAUCAAGGCCUACCGGAAGCUCCGCGGCUACGACCGCCUCGACGCCGCCGACGCGCAGCGCCGCCCGCCCCUCGCCACGGCCGAGCUCGGCGCUGGAGGCGCCGGGGCCGUGGCAGCGACGACGACCGCUGCGAGCCGGCGCCGCGGGUGGCGCGUGCGCCGGCGCGGGCUCGGGCGGCGGAUCCUGCGCGCGCUGUCGCCGCGGCGGUGGCUGGUGCGGCUCCGCGACGCGUACGUGAACGCCAUGCUCCGGCUGGCCUCCUCCGCCGCCGUCGGCUACGGCUCCGCGCCCUACUGCGUGGCCGGCGCCGACCCCUUCGCGCGCCCGCGCCCGCCCAAGGAGUACGAGGACAAGGUCCUCGUCGAGAUGUACCGCUCCAUCCUCGCGCGCGGCGGGGUCAUCCCCAUCUCCGCCGACACCUCGCUCGUCAUCGGCGCCGCCCGGCCGCCGGCCCCGGCUCCGGCGGCCGCGGUGGCCUGA